AUGGAAUUGAGGGUCAGAGUAAUGUCCUUGGAAGAAACUCGUCGAACUCAGCGUCCAUACCGAUACGGUAUGAUGCUGUUAUGCGUCGGUGCUCUAGUCAAUUGGUUGGGACUAGCAGAAAACUAUUCAGAACCAGUUAGAUACGCCGGGGUGGCGUGUAUUUUGGCAGGAGCUUGUUUGAUAUGUGCAGCAAUGUGCUGUUGGCUUCAGACACCCAAUCGACCAUCGUCGAAUGGUGAAGAGAACGACGAUCCGGUACUUGUAAUAAACGAUGAGCGACGAAGGGAAAAGCCUCCUGAUUACGACACAGUGGCAACAGCGCCUCCAAGUUAUGAUGAUGCAAUAAAGCUGGAUCCUGCCGCUCUUUUGCACCUCUCAAUGACACCAAAUGUAACCAAUACAAGUUAUUUGCCAUCAACGAAUGCUUGUUCAUCAUACACGCCAGGAAACGGCAUAAUAGACGAGCACGAUCAAAACGAUGCAACGCACCCAACGGUAGAUUGUUCGGUAUGUGUAGUCGACGAAAAACAAGUCGCGGAAAAACCACCGCCCUAUGAAGGACCAAUUGAUCCAAAUGCCGUUGUACCGAGCUGCAAUCAUCGUGACCCAGAAUGAUCUUGCUCACUCUGAAUGAUAGGAGUGUUCUCUCGAGUCGAGAUCCUAACUUCCUAGCAUACUACUACUACUUAAGCUAACUUCAUUUCCUGAAAUGCUAUUCAGGACUCGAAUGUAUAGCAUUGGCUGUGUUCGGGUUUACUAUUAUUUAGUUUGUUAAAUAGCGAGGACACCCCGUAAGACUCAUGAAAAAUUCAGAAACACAACGAACUGGGAUUGUGAAUACCUUAUCUUAAGAUGUACAGUAUUAACGAUGCCAUAUUGUACUGGCGAAGAUUACUAGAACGUAGCAAUGUGCCCGUAAAUUGCUGAUAAGCUGAGCGGUUGUUUGUACAGGUGGCUAUUACUAAGCAAACAUUUAAAGGUGGGUAUGCACAGGAAUCCUACUAUUCAUUACCAAUUAAAUGGUAACAUAACGUAAAAAUAAACAAACGGUGAAAAGUGUUUGCGCACAACGAUUACGGAACAGAUCGUACUCCAAAGUUUGUUUUAUUUUUUGUGAUAAUAGUUCUGUAAGCAAAUAAAAAGAUCAAGUCAAG